CCGGGAACAAGAACAUGGCGGAAGUUUAUCUCUUGAAGUGAGCCGGAGAAUCGGGGCAGGAAACAAAACAACAAGCAAGGAGGCGCUCGCGCUUCGAGUCUAAUAUACAAGUUAUUAAGGUCUCAGGCCUGACGUUGUUCCAUGGCCUCCAGCUUAACCAAACCAGGGCCCGGGAACGGCCAGCCCAUGAAGGCUCAGCUACACAUCACUGUGAUCACAGCCAAGCUGAAGGAGAGCAAGAAGAACCGGGUCGGCUCCGGUCUGUACGUGGAGGUGAACGUGGAUGGCCAGUCCAAGAAGACGGAGAAGUGCAGCAACGCACAGAGUCCCAAGUGGAAGCAGCGUCUCACUGUGAUCGUCUCACCCUUCAGCAAGCUGACGUUCCGUGUAUGGAGCCAGAAGACGCUGAAGUCCAACCUGCUGGGCUCGACCACGCUCGACAUCAGCGAGACGCUCAAGAGCAACGACAUGAAGCUGAGCGACGUGACGCAGACUUUGCCGCUGUAUGCAGACAAGGAGCAGACGGAUGUUGUUGGAGAUCUGGCUGUGUGUCUGGACGGCAUGCAGGUCGACCCGGCAGCGUUCGCUUCUGCUGAGGCCAACAACAACACCACGACGAACGGAGAGUCGCACCUUCACGAGGAAGUCGAUUCAAGAAGGAGCAGAGAGGCGUCCCCGAGCGUGGUGGACAUUCCUAACGGACGCGCCGUCAACGGAACCGACUCUCCCUCCAUGUCACGACCUCACAGGCCGCCCAGACCCUCUCGCCCACCGCCGCCCACCCCACAGCGACCCGUGUCUGCUCCACCAUGCCCUUCAGUCACUGACAACAGCAGCAGCUCCGCCCAGCCAGAGACACCGGUGCGGAUCCCUAACACCACCCCUGACCCCGCCCCUGUCAUCCAGAUUACCCCUCAGUCCAACCGGAUGUCCAUGAGUAACGCCGGUCCUCUGCCACCAGGGUGGGAGCAGCGAGUGGAUCAGAGCGGCCGUGUGUACUUUGUGGACCAUGUGGAGAAGAGGACGUCGUGGGAGAGACCCGAGAAUCUGCCUCAGGGCUGGGAGCGGCGUCUGGACCAAUCAGGACGUGUGUACUUUGUGGAUCAUGUAAGCAGGACGACAACAUGGCAGCGCCCCACUGUGGAGACGGUGCGCAACUACGAGCAGUGGCAGCAUCAGAGGAGCCAGUUACAGGGGGCCAUGCAACAGUUUAACCAGCGCUUCAUGUGCGGAGAUCAGGCUGCUGCUGCUGCUGCCGCCCAGAAUAAAGAGUUUGAUCCACUCGGCCCACUGCCACACGGAUGGGAGAAGAGAACCGACUCCAAUGGCCGAGCGUAUUUCGUGCACCACCCGACUCGCGCCACACAGUGGGAGGAUCCUCGCACUCAAGGGCUGCUGAACGAGAAGCCGCUGCCCGAGGGCUGGGAGAUGAGGUUCACCAUGGAGGGGAUCCCGUACUUUGUGGAUCACAACAGGAGAACCACCACAUACAUCGACCCACGGACAGGAAAAUCAUCCCUUGAAAACGGCCCUCAGAUCACCUACGUGCGCGACUUCAAAGCCAAAGUUCAAUACUUCAAGACCUGGUGUGCGCAAUUAUCGAUGCCGCAACACAUCAAGAUCACGGUGAGCCGCAAGUCGCUGUUCGAGGACUCCUUCCAGCAGAUAAUGAGCAUUAACCCCCAAGACCUUCGCCGAAGACUGUGGAUCAUCUUCCCUGGAGAGGAAGGACUCGACUACGGUGGUGUAGCAAGGGAGUGGUUCUUCUUGCUGUCCCACGAGGUGCUCAACCCCAUGUACUGCCUGUUUGAAUACGCCGGCAAGGACAACUACUGCCUGCAGAUCAACCCAGCUUCAUCCAUCAACCCAGACCACCUCAAAUACUUCCGCUUCAUCGGUCGCUUCAUCGCCAUGGCUUUGUUCCACGGGAAGUUCAUCGACACCGGCUUCUCGCUGCCUUUCUAUAAACGCAUUCUCAACAAACCCCUGACUCUGAAGGACCUCGAGUCCAUCGACCCCGAGUUCUACAACUCACUCAUCUGGAUCAAAGACAACGACAUUGAGGAGUGUGGUCUGGAGAUGUUCUUCUCUGUGGAUAAGGAGAUCCUCGGCGAGGUCUCGACACACGAUCUGAAACCGGACGGAGGAAACAUUCAGGUCACCGAGGAGAACAAGGAGGAAUACAUCAAGCUGGUAGCCGAGUGGAGGUUGUCCAGAGGUGUCGAGGAACAGACGCAGGCGUUCUUUGAGGGCUUCAACGAGGUCCUGCCUCAGCAGUACCUGCAAUAUUUUGAUGCCAAAGAACUCGAGGUGUUGUUGUGCGGCAUGCAGGAAAUCGAUCUGACAGACUGGCAGAGAAACACCAUCUACAAACACUACACGCGCACCAGCAAGCAGAUCGUGUGGUUCUGGCAGCUGGUUAAAGAGAUGGACAACGAGACACGAAUGCGUCUGCUACAGUUUGUGACUGGGACCUGCCGUCUGCCCGUCGGCGGAUUUCCUGACCUCAUGGGAAGUAACGGACCGCAGAAGUUCUGCAUCGAGAAAACAGGAAAGGAGAACUGGCUGCCCCGCAGUCACACGUGCUUUAACCGCCUCGACCUGCCUCCGUACAAAAGCUACGAGCAGCUCAAAGAGAAACUGCUGUUCGCCAUCGAGGAGACCGAGGGCUUCGGGCAGGAGUGAUACACACACACACACACACGAAGAAUAUAAUAUCAUGAUGCAGCACAAUAACAAACUCAAACUCAUCUAGCAACCUUUUUCUAUUAGAUCUGGUUAAACACCCGCAGGUUCUCGCUGGGCCACACCGUCUGGGGUUAAAUGCAUUUUUACUCAUUAAUCACAUGACCAACAGCACACACACUAUUUAUCAUCAAGAACUGAAAUUAUUUCCCCCCCCCCCCCCCACUACUGCGAGUUCUCUGAGCAUAAACUGAAAAGACAAGAACUGGGUUUUGGGUAUUUAGUUGUAAUAUAUAUAAAAAUAUAUCUUUUUACAAUAUAAAUAAAAAACAUGGUGGAUAAUAUCGCAUUAUUAUGACUGCGGUGUUUUGGUGAAGACUGUUUAGAGACCGGCUGGAAAAAAAAAAAUCAGUGAUAAUGAUUAUCAUGUUCCUUUGUGCAGCUCUACUUAUAAAACGUCGAGAAGUGACAGUAGGAGUCGGCCUCUCUCGAGUCUGGGCUUAGACUACAAUAGUUAGUGAGCUAGUUCUAGGAGCGUGUGUAAUCCAGCCUUGGGUACACUUUAACCAAAGAAUUAUUUUUAAACUUUGUUUAGUCUAGCCUUGGACUCUCAGCUCUGGUCUUCAGUCUGGUUCUAUCUUGAGUCCUAGAACUCAGUUUAGUCCACCCUAGAACCCUCAAGCCUGGGCUCGGACCGUGUUUAACGUGGCCUCGAUAUUCUCCUGCACCUUAGAACUCGAGCGCUCGGGAUAAAGGUACUAGGUGGCACUGUUUGAUUAGUCCAGCCUGGUACCCUUGGUCCAGGAGCGCCGUUUAGUCCAGCCUAGUACUAAACCUAGCACUUUAUGAACUUGUGACAGGUGUGUUAUGGAUUAUAAGUCGAGCUGCACACACACAGAGAGCUGAACUGCUACACAGUGUGCUAAUGCGAACCCAUAAUGUGACUUAAAUCAUCAGUUUAUACAGUGAAAACAUUAAUGAGCAAUACAUUCUAGAACAUUUAAGAAACAUCACUAGUGAAACUUACAGACGGAUCUCCAGACUUCAUGUAGCAGAGACACGCGCACACACCAUUCACUGUUUGCCUUCUGCAAUAAAACCCAGAUCAUUUGUGGCAGGUGGAAAGCGAGUGCUGAUCACCUGUGCUCUUUACCGCCCCCUGUUUUAGAGGGGGUGUCUUUGGAAGAUGUCUUUUACUUUCAUAUUCUGGAGCUCUACUGGAUUCGUGCUGAUCGCCGUUUGUUUAUAGAUCAUACUAUUUAGUUUGUACAAUAUUAUUAUUAUUAUUGUUGUGGAUAAGAGGGUUGAAGAAGCAUCGCUGAUAAAUUCUAGGAAGAACAGGAGUAAGUAAAUAUUUAAAAGUAGUAAGUAAUUACAAAACUUCGUAGCAAUAUCAUGAUGAACUGUGGAUUAAAAAAAAUAAUAACUGGUGUGUAUCGGCACACGAGUAGCCGCCGGUUCCCGGAAUAUGAUUUUAGCGCGUUUGUUAUACUGGUCUUGACCACUGGAGUGCUGAGAGUCACAUUUACGAAGACGUAUACGCUGGAUCUGGAUCUCUUUAAGCACAAAGAUUUAAUGUUUAGAUUAAACCUGAUCCAGAUCAGCACCUCAGCACUUUCUUUCACAACUUUAUUUCUUUAAUAAAUCACACCCCUACGCAUGUGCUCUCUCUCUCUCUCAACAGAUGUAAAAAAUAAUUUUGUAGCCUGGUUUAUAACUAGAACGUGGAAGGUUCUUCUUGAACAUCUGCAGGAUUAAGCUCAUGAGCUAUUACGUAACAGACUUUUGUGAUCAUGAAUAAAAAAAAAAAAAUUAAUAAGAGCAGAGUCAUCUGUUUCCUGCUGUAUGUGAACCUUACCUUGAGACUAACGCUAACGUGGUGCUCUCUUAUGGUUACUUUUCUAUCAUGUUAAAAAAAACUGGCUACUGAAAAACUAAACUCUGUAAACUAUAUAUGAACUAAAUCUUGUACAUUGUGUGAAUAUUUGAUUAAUUCUCUAUGGGGGGGAUUACUUUUAGAAGGCUCCUCUAAAGUUUCUGCUCCCUCUUUGACUUAUGUACAGUACAUUUGUGUAAAAAAAAAAAUAAAAGGUUAAAUAAACGAUUAUAUGGGUAA